AUGACGUCGAUUCUCAAAAAGUCGCUAAAGCUCGCGCUGAUCCAGCUGGCGUCGGGCGCGGACAAGGCGGCGAACCUAACGUCUGCACGGCAAAAAGUUCUCGAGGCGUCAAAGGCGGGGGCGAAGCUGGUGGUGCUGCCGGAAUGCUUCAACUCGCCGUACGGAACAAAGUAUUUUGACAAGUACGCGGAGACACUGCGGCCGUCGCCGCCAUCAGAGUCGCAGUCGCAAACGUUCCACGCGCUGUCGAAACUGGCACGCGAUGCGGGGGUGUAUCUGGUGGGAGGAAGCAUACCCGAGCGCGACGAGCAGGACUCAAAGAAGCUGUACAACACGAGUCUGACGUUUGCGCCGAGCGGAGAGCUGAUUGCGACGCAUCGCAAGGUUCAUUUGUUUGACAUUGAUAUCCCUGGCAAGAUUCGGUUCAAGGAGAGCGAGGUGCUGUCACCGGGCAACAAGAUUACGCUGGUGGAGCUGCCCGAGUAUGGCAAGAUUGCGAUUGCGAUAUGCUACGACAUACGGUUUCCGGAGCUGGCUACGAUUGCGGCGAGAAAGGGGGCGUUUCUGCUGCUGUAUCCCGGCGCAUUCAACUUGACGACUGGAGCGCUGCACUGGGAACUGCUAGCGAGAGCGCGAGCAACCGACAACCAGGUCUAUGUGGGACUGUGCAGUCCAGCGCGGGACAUGGAGGCCGAGUAUAACGCUUGGGGUCAUAGUAUGGUAGUGGAUCCGAAUGCGCAGGUCAUGGAGCAGCUGGACGAGAAGGAGGGUGUGCUGAUGCAGGAGCUGGAGGCGGGCAAGAUUGAGGAGGUUCGGAAGGGCGUGCCAUUGUAUGGACAGAGGCGGUUCGAUGUAUACCCUGAUGUCAGCGAAGGCGGCAGAUUUGAAGAGUAG